AUGAUUCUCUCAGCUGCAGCUUCUUACUUGGGUGGUCUCUUUGUUCCUAAGUUGCGCCGGAGACCUAUGAUGAUCGGAGCUUCUUUGGCGUGCAGUCUCUGCUUCGUGGGCUUCUCUGCGACAACCGGUGUCUACAGCAACUCACGAGACUCUAUUUCAGCAACAGCCUCAGUCGUUCUUAUCUUCAUCAUCGACUUCUGUUUCAGUUUUGGCUGGACUCCUCUGCAAGCAAUGUACCCGGUUGAAUGCCUGUCGUACGAAAUCCGCGCCAAGGGCAUGGCGUUCUCAUCAGUUCUGUCCAACAUCGCAUUGCUCGUUGACCAAUUCGGAAUAGGCAAUGCAAUUGAUAAAAUUGGCUGGCGCACUUACAUUAUCUUAGCUGGGUGGAACAUCGCUCAGGCAGUCUUCAUCUACUUCUUUGCCGUGGAGACGAACAAGCGGACGUUGGAGGAGCUCACAGAAAUCUUCAAUGCCCUUAACCCAAGGAAAAGAAGUACUCAAAAGGAACAGAUCCUGGUCACUGGCACCACUGAACCCGAGAUGAGAUGA